CGAGUGUAUAAUAUAAUCUUACUAAUUAGUGCUUAGAUGCGGCUCCCUACUUAAUUACAGUAAUUAAAUUUGCUUUUGAGGGAACAUCGCAAGAUCGAGAGUUUAAAAAGUUGCUUAAAAAAACUUUCCCAUUAAACGACGAAACAUCGAACUUUCUCUUUAUCUUCUUCAUUCACCUGAAGAAAGCAAAUUUAAAGAAUACGAAAGAAAGAAACAUCUUCUUCUUCUUCUUCUUCUCUCUCGGACACUAAUCGGAUCGGAUCUAACAAAACUCGUCAAAGAGAAAGAAAAUAUUUUCAUAAACCACUGAUUUGUCUAUGAUCAGGUUAUAGUUUCUUUCCUUCUUCUUCCUCUAUGUUUCUGCAACUUUUACCGGAACUUCAAAAUUUUGCGGGAAAAAAAAAUCGAAACUUUUUCUUUCUCUCUACGUUGUCUCGGCGGUUACUUGAAAUUGAUUCGUUGAUUGAGUUUAAGUAACCCUAAUCAUUGCUGGGUUUCACUUUUUUCGAUUUCUUUAUUCGGGUUUGAAGUUAACUUUUAAAAACCUUUCUUUCAGGAAUUUUGUCGAACACCUUCAAUGGAUUCUUCUUCAUCAGUCGUUUACGUUGGUUCAUCAUCCAAAUCCAGAAACUUUCAAUCUAAAUCCAAAGGUUCGAUUACAUCUUUCUCAAUCGAUUCAAGAGGCACCAAGAAAUCAAUGAAGACGUUAUUAAUCCCAGAACCAGAACCAACUUCCCCUGAAGUUAUAGAAAGUUCUGUGUCCUCUGUUUCAGCUGAAUCCGAGACACCAAUUUCGAUUAUACGUAAGAAGAAACAAUCAGAGCCAAGGUUUUACUCUAGCCCAACCAACACGUUUUACACAGAAGCAAAACAAAGCUUUACCAACACAGAAUUCAGUGAAUGUGCAAGCAUAAGCACUAUUGGUAUAGGUGGUAUUGAUUUGGAGAAGAAUGGUGUAAUGAUAUACAGAGGAAGUAUAGGGAGUGAUGUUAGUGAUGAGAGUAGCUCAAGUGGUCUGAGUAAUGCAGCUUACAAGCCACAUAGAGAUAAUAACGAUAAGCGUUGGGUUGCGAUUCAGGAGGUUCGUUCUCGGGUUGGUUCGUCGCUUGAGGCUAAAGAUUUCAAGCUGAUUAAGAAGUUAGGAGGAGGUGAUAUUGGUAAUGUUUACUUAGCUGAGUUGAUUGGAACUGGAGUGAGUUUUGCUGUGAAAGUUAUGGAGAAAGCUGCUAUUGCAGCGAGGAAGAAGCUUGUUAGAGCUCAGACUGAGAAAGAGAUACUUCAAUCGUUAGAUCAUCCUUUCUUGCCUACGCUUUACUCACAUUUCGAAACAGAGAUGAAUUCUUGUUUGGUUAUGGAGUUUUGUCCUGGUGGUGAUUUACAUUCUCUUAGACAAAAACAGCGUGGAAAGUACUUCCCUGAGCAAGCUGCUAGAUUUUAUGUUGCUGAAGUUCUUCUUGCUAUGGAGUAUCUACAUAUGCUUGGGAUCAUAUACAGAGACCUUAAGCCUGAGAAUGUUUUAGUUCGUGAAGAUGGACAUAUAAUGCUAUCUGAUUUCGACCUCUCUUUGAGAUGUGCAGUCUCUCCAACGUUGGUUCGGUUCGCAGCAAUCACGCUUGAGUCCAAAAGCUCAAGCUACUGUAUCCAACCAACAUGUGUAGACCAAUCGAGCUGCAUUGUUCAGCCUGACUGCAUCCAGCCAGUGUGUUUCACUCCUCGGUUCUUGUCUAAAGGAAAGCACAGGAAGAAGUCGAACGAUAUGAGCCGCCAAAUCAGACCGCUUCCUGAGCUGAUAGCUGAACCGACUAGCGCAAGGUCAAUGUCGUUUGUUGGUACACACGAGUACCUAGCACCAGAGAUUAUCAAAGGAGAAGGUCAUGGAAGCGCGGUUGACUGGUGGACAUUCGGGAUAUUCCUCUAUGAGCUUCUAUUUGGGAUAACACCGUUUAGAGGAGGCGAUAACAGAGCGACACUCUUUAACGUAGUUGGACAGCCAUUGCGGUUUCCCGAGCAUCCAAAUGUGAGCUUUGCAGCUAGAGAUUUGAUCAGAGGAUUGCUAGUGAAAGAGCCUCAGCAUCGGUUGGCUUAUAGAAGAGGAGCUACUGAGAUUAAGCAGCAUCCGUUUUUCCAAAGUGUGAAUUGGGCUUUGAUCAGAUGCACCAGUCCACCACAGAUUCCUCAACCGGUUAAACCAAUGGAUCAAGCUCACAGUGUUCGUCAUGGUUUUAGUCAAGGACAUGGACAUGUUGGUUAUGAUAAGCCUCCUACUGUGGAUGUGAAGCCUUCUGGUAAUUAUUUGGAAAUUGAUUUCUUCUGAUUUGUGAUUUCUUUCACUAUCAGUUUUGGUUGGUUCAAUCUGAUACCGGCGUAUUAUGUUUGCUUUUGAGGUUUGUGUCUAGAUUUUUGUGUUACUGAUGUGUUUGGUCUUACCAAAUAUUUGACUGUUGUGUUCUUCACAUUGUGGUGAGGUUGUAUCUAGUUUUUCCAAUACAAGUGUCUUUUAAUUUGCAACUAAGGAAAUGUAAAUUUUAAUCAUCAAUAGAUGUGUUCUUUUAAUCAUUAAACAGAUUA